AUGUGUGUUGUAUCAGAUAGACAUGAGAGCAUCAUUAAGGCGGUGAGUAGAGUGUAUCCAACUAUGCCACAUUUGGCGUGCAUAUGGUAUUUAUGGAAAAAUGUGACCACGAAAUACAAGUCGAAUGGUGAAGUAUUGAGUCCUGUAUUCUAUGCACUUGCAAAAGCAUACACACAGGCUGAGUUUGAUAAGCUGAUGGAGAAGAUUGAGAAGGUUGAUUUUCGGGUAAAAGAGUACUUGGAGGAUGCUGGAAGGGAAAAGUGGGCUCGACUGUAUUCACCCGUUAACAGAGGAUGGGCAAUGACGUCAAAUAUAGCCGAAUGUAUUAAUGAAAAAUUGGUAGCAGCAAGAGAGUUGCCUGUUUUCGAUUUUCUUGAAGAAGUGAGGAAGAUGUUUGGGAGAUGGAAUUGCACUAAUAGGAGGAACGGUGCAUACACAUUCACAACACUUGGGAAAGCAUUCCAGCAAUUAUUAUCAAUAAACGAAUGUAAAUCUCUACGUAUGACGGUUGAACCAUCAACUGAAUAUGUGUAUACCGUAAAUGAUGAGGCAAGGCGAUUCAUAAUUGAUCUUAAAAAGAAAACAUGCAGUUGUCGGAUGUUCCAAAUGGACGAGAUACCAUGUCCACAUGCAUGGGCUGUAUUGAAGAGUAAAAGUCUUAUGCCUGAUGAAUAUUGUUCAGACCUAUUCAAACCAAAGACAGUGAUUAAGACGUAUGAUGUGCCUGUGGAUCCUCUGCCUGACGAGAGUGAGUGGAAUAUUCCCAAACACAUAAGCGAUGAAGUUGUUUUGCCACCAAGAUACAAGAGACCCCCGGGAAGGCCAAAGAAAAAGCGAGAUAAACCAUUAAUGGAGACGAUGAUUGGUAAACGUAGGAAUGCUUGUAGUACUUGUGGACGUCUUGGUCACAAUAGAAGUUCUUGUUCCAAAGAGCCACGUAAGAAGUAG